AUGGUGCAACCGGCUGUAGACGGCCUCGACACGCCGCGCACCAACGUGGGGGACGCGACAUACCUAAACCGCCAGCCCGACUUCGAUAUUUCGCAAGAACUCUCCUUCCAAACCCCCUCUAAAGACGCGAAUCUCCUGCAACAAAUGCGAAAUGGCGGCCGUCCCAGCCUCAAAACCCCGCGGGGCAGCCGCGCUCCCUUUAACGACCGACGAAACCUCCCCACCGGCUUGGGUGGCCCCGAGUUCACCCCCCUUCUCAAAUCCGCAACUAGGAAUAGCGUCCGGCGGUUUGGAGUUGGCAAGGAAAACGGCCGCGCCACGCCAGGCUUCCUCUCUAAGAUCGACGAGUCCAUGACCCCCAUACCCGCAGGCGAGAUCAGCAUGUUUGGCGCCUCACACAACACAUCGUCGUUUCUCGGUAGCACGCCAUUACCCGAGGUGGACACCAGCAGCGUUGCGUCGACACCGCUGGUUAUGAAGAGGCGUGAGGGCAAGGGCCCGCUAGAGGACGGGAAUCAGCUAUCGCUGCGUGAGCAAGAAAAUGUGAUCGACAAGAUUGAGAAGGAGAAUUUUGGCUUGAAGCUGAAAAUCCAUUUUCUGGAAGAGGCGCUACGGAAAGCUGGGCCCGGGUUCAGCGAGGCCGCUCUGAAGGAGAACACUGAGCUGAAAGUCGACAAGGUGACCAUGCAGCGCGAGCUACAGCGGUACAAGAAGCAUCUGACUUCGGCCGAGAAAGACCUCGAGUCCUACCGACACCAGAUGCUUGAACUGCAAGAGAAGGCCAAGAAGAAGUACGCCGACGAGAACCAGCGCGCUGAGAUCGAACGGUUACGUCAGCAACUCGAAGAAAAGGACGCCGAGAUCGAUAACCUACAGCAACAACUGGACGAUCGGGGCGACGAGAACGACAAGGUAGAGAAGCUUCGCGACGAGAUUGGGGAUCUGGAGGCGGACCUACGGCGAAAGGAUGAUGUCAUUACACAACACGAAGACGAAAUCGAGGAGCUUCGGGAAAAAGUGGAUGAUGCGGAGGACCAGCUGAAGGAUACCCAAAGACGCAUGGUGGAACUCGAAGAGAAGGCCCAGGACGGUGACCGUCUCCAGGAGGCCAGGGACACGAUCGAGGACUUGGAGGCCAACGUACGGCGGUUCGAGCAGCAAGUCCAGGAGAUGCGGGAGAAGUUGGAGAACGCCAAUGCGGAGAAGGACCGUGCCGAGGAAGAUUUGGAGGAACUCCAGGAAGAGAUGGCCAAUAAAUCGGUCGUAACCAAAGGUCUCUCUCGCCAGGUGGAGGAAAAGGUGGCCCGCCUACAACUGGAGGCCGACAAGGCGCGUGAGGCCUGCGCAUCGCUCGAGGAGGUCCGCUCGGCCCAGCAAAAAGAAAUGGACGGGCUGCGGGCAAAGCUCAAGGACGCCCGCGAGGAGCGCGACUCUGCGGAACGUAUCCGUCUCUCUCUCGAGGCCAGGGCUGAUGAGGAUCAGGGUUCCUGGCGGAGAGAGGUAGAGGAAAGCCGACGUCAACUCAAGGAAGCCAGACUGGAACGCGACGCCGCUGAGCACAACCGGUUAACGUUGCAAUCCAAGUUGGAACAAGCCCAAGCUGAUCUCAACUUGCGCAACGACGAGAAGGCGCUUCUUCAAACCCGACAUGAUGCGCUGACUAGCGAAUCGACCUCUCUGCAACGUGAAGUCUCCAAACUCAAGCACUCUAUUGCUGAGCUUGAGGGCAACUUGGAGCAGGAACGCCAGCAUGCCUUGACCAUCGAGCAGGAUAUUCGCAGUCAGUUCCGCGCUGAGAUUGACCGGCUAAACGACGAGGUUUCGGAUCUUCAGGCCGAGUGUCGCGAGCGAGACAACUUGUACGAUAACGACAGUGAAAAAUGGGAGUCGGAGCGCAAUAACCUUGUAUCGGAACGAGACCGCGCUGAAGAACGGGCCGCCGGUCUUCAACGGACAAUCGACAAGCUGCGCGACACCGAAGGAGCCUUGUCCAGUAAAGAGUCCAAACUUCAGGAUGCCCUCCAAAGCGAAGCGGAACGGCACAAGAAGGACCAGUCAAUGCUCCGCGCACAAAUCGACCGGCUCCAGUUGGAUUUGAGCUCACGGCAAGGCAUGUUGGAGGAUCUCCGCAACGAGGUGUCGUCGGUGCGAGACGAGCUCCGCCAGACCCAGUUGGAAUAUGAGGCGCAGCGGGACAAGGUCCAAUCGCUGGAGGACGAGGUCGAGAUCUUGCAGGCCACGAUCGACGAGGAGUCGGAGAAGGCCCGAUCCGAGCUCGACCGCGCUCAACAGGAGUGCGAUCGCUUGCGACAACAGCUCUCGUCGGUUCGGGCCACUGCGGACUCGGCCCGCGCCUCGUCGACGGCUUCGCGGGAAUCCGCCAGGCAAACGGACGAGACCGUCGCGCGACUGCGGUCCCAGCUUGCGGAGGCUACAGAGAAGGUGACCAAGCUCACCGAGGAGCGUCGGGGACUCCAAGACCGAUCCUCGGACCUGAGCACCGAGCUGCGUUCCGUUCGCGUGUCGCUAGAGGCGAUCAAGGCUGAACGCAACCAGUUAGAGGCCGAGAUUGAUCGGUUGAAUGACCAGGGCGGGGAUACGUUCAAAGACGACCAGGAACGGUUGGACCUGCGAGUCGCCAAGACCAAGCUCGAGACGGAGCUCCGCCGGCUGAAGGAGGAAAAUAAGUCGUUGGCUGCGAGACGACGGGAAGUAGAGGAGUCGUUGGAGAAGGAGAUUGGGAAGGCCGCUGCCGAGGAGGACCGCCUGAGCGACGAGAUUCGUGAAUUGCAGACAAGGCUGCGUGACUCUUCUUCGGACAACGCUGAGCACCUAGCUCUCCGCCGUACCAUUCGUGAACUCGAACGCCGCGUCGAGGAGUACGAGACACAGCUAGCUGCAUCGCAGAACCCCCUCAAUGGCGGCGACGGCAACAGCGAGCUCUCGCUUCUCCAACGUGAGCUGUCCACUGCGCGGAAGAAGGAAAUCGACCAGCUCAAGCAUGACGCCUCGCAGAAAGACACCAUCAAAGCUCUCAAACGGCAGAUCUCGGACCUUGAACGCAAGGCCCACGAGGCUGCCCUAGAUCGCUUCGGGAGCUCCCCAUCGUCCCAUUACGGUUCAGCGCAAAAGGCUGAGAUUUCCGAGCUCCGCCACCAGCUUUCUGCCGCUAAACAGUCCGUCCACGACAUGAAACGGUCUCUGCGUGAAGCCGAGCGUAAGGCUUCCGCUUCGGAACAGGAGCUUCAAAAACACCUCGACGAAUUCGAAGACGAGAAGCUCGUGCUAGAACAAGCCUUGGAGGACGCCGAGACCGCCGCUGAGGAGUCCGCUGUGGCCCACGAGGAGACCCUCAAGAAAUACAAGCAAAAGCUUGAAAAGUACCGCCGCGAGCGCGACGAACUAGCCGCUGCAGUGCGCGACACCCAACGCAACGGCAACCACCACAGUGCCAACAGUAGUGUCACCGAGAUGCCGCUCGAAGAGCGCCGCGACCUACACCAGAUGUUACGCGAGUCGCAGCUCACUGCUGACAAGCUAGAUCGCGAGCUGCGCGACCACCGCGAGGCCCUCGAGGAGCUGGUCGGCGUCGAGACGACACUACGCAAGAAGCUAGAGCGAGCCCGCAGCGAACGGGCUGCGUACCGUGCGAGUGCCGAGAAGCUGCACAAGGACUUCAAGAGACUCAAGACGGAGAAGGAUAGGGCGGUGGCCGAAGCGGCCGAGGCUGCGGCUGCGAACGAGGAGCGGGCUCUUGUGGUGCGCGCAUCCAAGAUGAGCAAGAGUGGGGGACAUGGUGUCGACACAGACGCCAUCAUCCGGGCGGCCGAGGCAGCGGAGAAGAGGCACGAAAAGGAGAUUCGUGGAAUGGUGAUGCAGAUGGAGUGGCUCAAGGCGUGCUGGGACCGCGAGGCCAAGCUGCGCAGCGAUGCGGCGUAUGCCAAGCAGUAUCUGAUGAUGCAGCUCCAGGUGCGGGAUGCAUGCAACAAAGCCGACCUAGCCAUCAUCAACCGCAUCCGCGCCGAAAUCAAACCACCAUCCUCCCGUUCCCCCUCCUCCUCCGCCAUCACCCAACACAACCACUACCCUCUUCGCCAACAACAAAAACAACUCCAACUCGAACCCGCACAACCCACUUCCCCCUCCCCAACCGCGAAAAACCAACUCGUCCCUUACUCCUCCUCGUCACAACAACAAAAGAACCGAAGAACCGCCAAAGCAAACUGGCAUCUUGCCCUGACUACUGCACGGUGUAUUUCGCGUAUGCGGAUAGGUGCGCGUGCGUGGGCAAGACACGAUCGCACGCGCCAGCGGUUGGCGGAUUGUUUUGAGGGGAUGCAGAGGGAGGAGAGGAUUAGGCGGAUGAGAGACGUUUGGCGGGGGGAGGUUGCUAGGAAGGUUGGGAGUGGGAGUGGGAGUGGGAGUAGGGGGGGUAGUAGCGGGAGUGAAAGUGGGAAUAGGAUCAGAGGGAAGAAGGAAGUGGGGGAUGUUGAUGGGUUGGGGUGUUGA